AGCGUAAAAUUGAAUGAUACCGCCAGAGCAGAUUGUCCGCCAUUUGCUUUGCUAGAAAACUUGCAGCGUGCAGUCUGUAGUGUUGGUUUUCUUGAUCAUGAUCAGUUGAGGAAUGGUGGUUGUGGUUCUUGUUUCAUGUCAAGGCUUGUACUGCAUGAGAAGCUUUCUUGGGUUCUCAUGCUGUUUUAAUCGGUUUAAACUCUAACUUCGGCAAUUAUGAAUGGUGACGUGGAUGCUUAUAAUGUAGAGGAAAUAUGCCGUUUGUGUUUGAAAGCAGAAGGGACAAUUCUACCGAUUUUCGGCUUGGAACAUUCGUCAAGAGACUGCAUUCCACUUUCCAAUAAGAUCAAGGCUUGUGUUGCUGUCGAGGUCAAUCGGAACGAUGAACUGCCCAAGAAGAUCUGCGUGGGCUGUGUGCAUCAGGUGGACUCCUGGCAUAAGUUCAAGACCGCCUGCGACACAGCUCAGACAAAACUCACCUCCUGGAUUAAGACUACUGAACGCUAUAAGUCAGCAACCAGUGAGAUAAUAAUCAAACAAGAACCCAUCGAUGACUUUGAAUGCGAUGACGUCAUAGUCUGUGAUGAUGACUCCAACGACACUGCUGCUCCCCCCUCACCAGCACCCAUCUUCGAGAAUCCGAGGAUCGAUGCUCCGGAAUCCGCAUCCGUCAUCGAGAAUCAAGAUCAUCACGAGGACAGCAACAUCAGUUUUUUUGAGUCCAACGCAAGGGAUCCUCUCGAAAUUACUCCAGAACAAAGUAACGAUGCAGAAAAUGUUGGAAGUAAUGUUGAGGUUCAGGAGCCUCCGAUCCACGGCAAAUCCUUACUGGAACAAGCUUUGGAAGGUGACGUAGUUGACAAACCACCCCAACAACUUGACGAAGACGAACUGAUGAUUGCGGAUUUCAGCGAUGAACUGGCCCCGGAUUUGAAACUGUUGAAAGGUGAUGAUGUUGUGACACAAGAUGGUGUACAAUCAGAUCAUGAGAUCGAAGGUUUGGUGGACGAAAAUAGUGUAGCUUCUACAGGGUGUGUCGUCAAGACCGAGGAAGCCAGUUUGAUUCACAUGAUUGACUUUGAAAUGAAGCGGCGGGCUAGUGAGGACUUCGAUACGGUGGAACCGUUUGUAGAUGUCGGUGAUGAGGAGGAUGAUUAUGAGGACUAUGAUGUGGGAAUUGUUGUGGAAGGCAGCCACAGUCAACAGAGGGAUGUGCAGGUGGUUGGAAUGGUGACGAGGAGUUCGAGAAGGUUCGACGGCGCUGACGUCACGGCGGGCAAAUCUGAGAACGGAAUGAUGAUUGAGGCGUUUUCGUUGAAGGAUGAUUUUGGCGGGGAGCGGUUCGAGGGGGAUCCGUUCACUGAGGAGCAUGAACGGCUGUUGAACGGGACUGCGGGGAGCAAUGUUGAUCCUGAUGCGAUGACUGUCAACAGCAGUAUAACACAAUCGGAUGCCACGUCGAUGAUCGUGAAGCAGGAACCAAUGAGCCCGGGCACUGUUGACGAUUACGAGGUCUCAUCGAUGUCCAAGGACGACUGGGCGACCGACGAACCCACAGCAGACGUCGACUACAAGCCGGAAGUCGACCAACACAACUACAAGAAAAAACGGAAGUACAGGAGACAUUCCUACAAAAAGGGCAAGGUACCCUGCAAACCAUGCGGGGGUACCUACCCCAAUUAUCUCAAGUAUAUCCGUCACUGUAAGUCACUCAAACACCAGAACAACGUGAAACUUUUUAAAAGUUUGGGGAAGCCCGUGCCUGAAGAACCCAUCCUGGGACCCCCUGUGACCCCUCCAAACUAGAUAAUGUUAAGCCAG